UUAAUAUUUUGAGUGCUUUUCGCAAGCGGCAAAGCACUCGGAUCCUUCGGCUCGUCCUUCGUUCUGUGUUUUGGUUUUGCGCCCACUUGCGACUGUUUCGCUUUGGAUGGCGCGUAGUUCGCUGGCGAAUGUCCUGACCGACGGUUGUGUAGCGGACUAAGAAACCUAAGGACCAAAGGGACCCUACGGCAUCGGUAUAAAGAAACCCGUUCAAACCGCAAUUCUCAGUUCAAAACUGUUAUUCUCUAAAAAAAAAAAAGUGUCUAAGCAGUUAACAAUUUUUCUUAAUUUUUUUGAAUGUGCCAUAAAAAAAAAAACAACUAUUUAACCCCAAACAAUAAACCAAAUACGAAGGGGCAAAACAAAUUUCUUAAUCAGUACUAAAGUGAAACCGGUUUUAAAAGUUUUCCCAAGUGUUUUUCGGUUUUUCCUUUAUUUUUUUUUUAGUUUUCCACUGUCCAACGACUUUAAGGAAUCCAAACAGAUACGUUUUCCCCAUUUUGGUGUCUCAAAUCACGGAUUUCCAAUUAAGAGGACGAUAUAACUCACGGAUAUGCAAAUGACGAGGCGGGCAUGGCUGUGGGCGUACCGUAACAAGGAAAUUUGAAAGGCCAUACACAAUAGAUUGAAAGACAUCCAAUUAAAACAGGCACUUCAGAAUCGAGCCAUAACAAGAUAUAUAUAUAUAUAUAUAUAUACUAAUUUACGAAAAGGAAUCUCUGGCAAGAUGGCCGGCCAUAGGUCGGUGGUUCUUUUAUUGGCCAUGCUAAUUAGCAACUGGCCAAAAGCCUCUUUGGGCGCCACUGGUAAUGGUAGUAUUAUAAACGAUAGCAACAGUAGUAGUGGCAACAAUUAUGCAUUCAUUGCGGAAGAUUCAAAUCUAUCGGACCACAAUGCCAACGACUCAAUGGAAUUUGAUCCAGAGAGUGUUUCCCUUGAACGUAUCGUAUCCACAAUAGUUCCGGUCUUUUUUGGUAUUAUCGGAUUUGCAGGACUCGUAGGAAAUGGACUGGUUAUACUGGUGGUUGUGGCCAACCAGCAAAUGCGCUCGACCACCAACCUGCUGAUUAUCAACCUGGCCGUCUCCGAUAUUCUGUUCGUCAUCUUCUGCGUCCCGUUCACGGCCACCGAUUACGUGAUGCCCGAGUGGCCGUUUGGCAAUGUGUGGUGCAAGUUCGUCCAGUACAUGAUUGUGGUUACGUGCCAUUGCAGUGUUUACACGCUGGUCCUGAUGUCGUUUGAUCGCUUUCUGGCCGUCGUUCAUCCCGUGACGAGCAUGUCCCUGCGAACAGAGCGGAAUGCCACAUUGGCCAUCAUGUGCGCCUGGAUAACAAUUGUUACCACUGCGAUUCCGGUGGCACUUUCGCACUCGGUGCGAAUUUAUCAAUAUAAAGGACAGGGUGGCACUGCUUGCGUCUUUUCCACGGAAGAGGAGGUUUGGAGUCUCGUCGGUUUUCAGGUCUCAUUCUUUUUAUCAUCGUAUGUGGCGCCUUUAACGCUGAUUUGCUUCCUUUAUAUGGGAAUGUUGGCUCGUCUGUGGAAAAGUGCUCCCGGCUGCAAGCCUUCCGCAGAGUCACGAAAGGGAAAACGACGCGUCACACGAAUGGUUGUUGUUGUCGUAUUGGCAUUUGCCAUCUGCUGGUUGCCCAUACAUGUUAUCCUUGUGCUGAAGGCACUGAAUCUUUAUGGAGGCAGUCACUUGUCGGUCAUCAUCCAGAUUAUAUCGCAUGUGGUGGCCUACACAAAUUCCUGCAUUAAUCCCAUACUAUAUGCCUUCCUGUCCGACAACUUUCGCAAGGCAUUCCGCAAGGUGGUUUGGUGUGGCAGCCCACCGCCUCUGAUGACCAAUCAACAGGUGACCAAGACGACGCGAACUGCAACCGGCAACGGAACGUCCAAUAUUGAAAUGCUCUAAGCGGCUCUUGAAUUGCGAAACGUCCCAUCAUUUUUUGAAGGCGACUUUCAAACUCAAAACAGAAAAUGUGAAUUUAAAGCUAACAAGAAAUACAAAAAUAAAAUGUUUAUUAUAAAAAAUUGUAAACACGGCGCAUAUAAGUUAACUAAAAACAUUAACUAACCAAUAUAUGUCUAUAAGGAGAAUUUAAUUUUCCGAAUUAAAAAAUGUUUCUUAAACAA